AUGCGUCGGGGACACACACAACAGAGUGGACUCCCGGAGGGAGGACACUCUGUUGCUCUGCACUCUGAAGAGUACCCUUUAGGGUACUCUGAGUAUCCUGAGGACUCUUCUCAUGAGAGUGCUCUGCACUCUGAAGAGUACCCUUUAGGGUACUCUGAGUAUCCUGAGGACUCUUCUCAUGAGAGUGCUCUGCACUCUGAAGAGUACCCUUUAGGGUACUCUGAAGACUAUUCUCAGAGUGCUCUGCAUCAUUCUGAAGAGUACCCUUCAGGGUACUCUGAAGACUAUUCUUAUCCAAGUGCUCUUCGGUUCCCUCAGAGCACUGAGUAUCCUUUAUACUCUUCAGACUAUCCUUUAUACUCUUUUCAGAGUGCUGUUCAGAGUGCUCUUGCAGAGCACUCUUCAUCGCACUCAUCUCCUCUUCAACCAUCUCCUUAA